GCUAGUAAAAAAAAGGAGGCGGUCCAAAUUCCUGACAGGAGUGAACUUUGGUCGUAAAGAAUCUCUCAGUGUGAGGGAGUGAGUGAGGAGAGCCGUUUACUAACUCGGCAACAUGACGUCAGAGGCCUCCAGAGUGUUAAAGUUGUGUCUGCGUCACACAACUCUGCUCCGAAGAUACUCACAUCCCAGCUCGUCACUCCAGGCAACCAGAUUCUUCAGUUCACACAGGGAAGGUACGCGCAGAGGGCUGCUGUGGAAGACGCUUGUUGGGCUCUUGGUGGGCGUACCUGGGGCAGUGGGUGUCCAGUACGCUCUGUCAGAACCAAGAGAGAGGAGGAAAAUGAGGAUUGUGGUCGAAGGACUUGGUCGCUUCUGCAGGUCUCUCUCUGUGGGGAUGAGCAUCUCUGUGGAUUACUGGUGGACCACCCAUGUGUCUCUCCGUGACCAGGACGAGAGCAGCCCAUCCUACUUGGCUGAGAUGUCAGCCUGCCACCAGAGGGCAGCAGACAAAAUGGUGGAAGGCGCCAUCAGAAACGGGGGAAUAUACAUCAAACUUGGCCAAGGUCUUUGUUCCUUUAACCACCUCCUGCCCCCCGAGUACAUCCACACCCUUCAAGUCCUGGAAGACAAGGCCUUGAACAGGAGGUACAAAGAGGUCGACGCUCUCUUCCAAGAAGACUUCGACAAAACCCCAGAGCAGCUUUUUAAAGUGUUCGACCAUGAACCGAUAGCUGCAGCCAGCUUGGCACAGGUUCAUAAAGCAGAACUGUUUGAUGGGACUCCUGUUGCCGUGAAGGUCCAAUACAUCGACCUCCGGGAUCGAUUCGACGGUGACAUUAGAGCGCUGGAGAUCCUGCUAGAUAUUGUCAAAUUCAUGCACCCCACCUUUGGAUUCCGCUGGGUUCUUAAGGACUUGAAGGGCACGUUGGCUCAGGAGUUGAAUUUUGAGAACGAGGCCAGGAAUUCAGAGAGGUGUGCGCAGGACCUCAAACACUUCAAAUUUCUUGUUGUACCCAAAGUCUUCUGGAAGCAAACUAGUAAGAGGGUGCUGACGGCAGAAUUCUUCGAAGGCUGCAAAAUCAACAACGUGGAAGACAUUAAAAGACAAGGGUUAAAGUUGAAAGAUAUUGCAGAUAAACUGAUUAAAACAUUCGCUGAGCAAAUAUUCUACACUGGCUUCAUCCACGCGGAUCCUCAUCCUGGUAAUGUUCUGGUGAGACGAGGACCUGAUAAUAAGGCUCAGUUGGUGCUAUUGGACCACGGGUUGUAUGAAUACCUCAGUCAACACGACAGAGAGGCCCUUUGUAAACUGUGGAGAUCAAUUGUCCUGCGAGACGAAGCGGCGAUGAAGAAGUACGCUAAUGCACUCGGAGUCAAAGAGUACUUCCUCUUCUGCGAGAUGCUGCUGCAGCGACCUAUCAACAUGCGGGAGUUUGGUCUGUCCAACAUCCUGAGCCGCGAGGAGACCACAUACAUGCGCGACAUGGCCAUACACCGCUUUGGAAGCAUCAUGGAGGUGCUCAAGUCCAUGCCCCGGCCCAUGCUGCUCGUCUUCCGCAACAUCAAUACAGUCCGAAGCAUCAACAUCACUCUGGGGGCACCUGUGGACCGCUACUUCGUCAUGGCCAAGAGGUAAA